UGGUUUCUCAGAAGAGAACGUGUUUACAGCCCUUCAGCUAGUAUCGGCUUUUACUAUCAGCUCAUCAGCCAUUUGUGUAGAAAAAGCCAUAACGGGAAAAUGCCCAAGUCUGCAGGCAGUACUGAGAUUGUGCUUACAGUCUGAAGUCUUUAGCUGUUUACUCUAUUCCUCAGGAUUUUUUUUUUUGCUUCGUUUUGCAUGUGUAAGUGGUGCUGGAGGGGAAACGGCUUGAUAAUGCUUGGUGGACGAGCUUGUUCCUGUGAUGUUUUCAUCGGCUGAAAUCAGUGAGAGUAGGUCGAGAGUACUCCAGGGCAGCGUCGAGCAAGGACUCUGUGGACAGACUGUGCCGUUCUAUUCUCAAGAUGACAGAGUCUAUAGGAAAAUUCCAUGUGUGUGUCUGUAUAUGGAUGGAGCAACACUGCAGUCAAGGCAGAUGUCAGUGGAUGAUGUGGGCUGUUCUCCACAACUCAUCAUGGGUAUCAACUAUUGGCCAUUCCUCCCUCCGAAAACCUCCUAUCUGGCUGGCUCCUGUUCCAUUACACCUCCCUGUGUCUGAGCUGUGACACCUGGGACUUGCGGGCCGUUGACACCAUGACACAGAUGGACUACAAAUACAGCCUGCUGGGCUCCGCAGUGGAUGACUACCGCAAGAGGCCGUUGCUCCUUCAGGUGGACGACACGCCCAUGAACCUGUUUGCAGUCCUGGAGGUGAAACGGGAGCUGCCGAGGCGUUGGAGCACCCUGAGCUGCUUCCGCAAGAUCCGGCUCUACAGCUUCCUUUUCGGCCUGGCUGUCAUGUUCCUCAUCAUGGCUUCGUACAUUCUGACAGGGGAUAAGAAGGGCCUCCUUCUCACCCCUUCGCCCUACCAUUUCAGCAGUCUGGUCAGCCCGGGACCUUUUGCCUUCAACCUCUCCUCAGUCAAGGACUACGCACAUAUCAAACUGGUGGUCAAGUCCAUCACAUCCAAGGUGGAGUUUCGCAGCAGUCGACAGCCCCCAGAGCUCAAGGCACUGGUUAACAGUGAGCCACAUAUGUUUUCUGUUGUCCCACGCAAAUUCCUGCCUAGUGUCAAGAACCCUUGCUGGUAUGAGGAAUACACUGGGAAUAUCACAUCGGACCCAUACAGGACAAACUUGUACGCACGCUAUUCGAAGCGCUUCCGGACGGUGUUUCAGCACUUGAGGAACACUUUCCGAGAACAUUUGUUUCACCGCGAUGGGAAACUGUACCGCAUGCGGUGCCUUCCUUAUUUCUAUAUUAUUGGCCAACCAAAGUGUGGCACGACAGACCUGUAUGACAGACUGAGGCUGCACCCCGAUGUCAAGUUCACCACUUUCAAAGAGCCGCACUGGUGGACCCGCAAGAGGUUCGGUAUCAUCCGUCUAAGUGAUGGCUUUCAUGAUCGAUACCCUGUGGAAGACUAUCUGGACUUGUUCGAUCAGGCUGCUUACCAGAUCCAGGGCAACCUCACAGCAAAUGCCAGCGGAAACCCCAGCCACCCUAACAUCAUCAUAGGAGAAGCCAGCGCGUCCACCAUGUGGGAUAAUAACGCCUGGGUGUAUUUCUAUGAUAACACCACAGAGGGAGAGCCUCCCUUCCUCAUCCAGGACUUCGUCCACGCCCUGCAGCCCAAUUCCCGCUUCAUCGUCAUGCUCAGGGACCCAGUGGAAAGGCUCUACUCUGACUACCUUUACUUUGGUAUUGCCAAUAAGUCUGCAGAGGAUUUCCACGAGAAGGUGUCAGAGUCGCUGCAGUUAUUCGAGGGGUGCCUUACAGAGUACACAAUGCGCUCCUGUGUGUACAACACUACUGUCAACAAUGCCAUGCCAGUCAGAUUGCAAGUUGGCGUGUACAUUGUGUACUUAAUGGACUGGCUGACCGUCUUCAGCAGGGAACAGAUUCUUGUCCUGAGGUUGGAAGACCAUGCAUCUAAUAGGAAAUACACAAUGCACAAAGUCUUUGAUUUUCUUAACCUUGGGCCUCUCACAAAAGAAAUAGAGUCAGAGAUCACACGAAGUCCAGCGUCAAACACCAGGAGGCCGGCUGACAAAAACUUAGGACCCAUGCUGCCCAUCACUAAAGAGAUCCUGCGGGAUUUCUACAUGCCGUUCAACGAGAAACUGGCCAAAGUGCUGCGGAAUGACUCCUUCCUCUGGGAGAACAACUCGAAACUCUGAACAACCCACCAUCCCUUUUACUUCAGUCAAAAAGAAUAAACCACUGAUGCGUCAGCCAGCCCCUUUGUUUGAGUUUCAUCUCUCUCAAGUGCCCAUGAAAAUCAAUGUUGUUUUUUUGAAUUAAAUUAUUUUUUAAGUUAUAAAAACAGAGAUGAAAUCAAAGAUAGAAAAUAGCACAAGAGAGCGUGGUGAUUUCGUGGUGUGUGUAUACGGGUGUGUGUCUGUGAGAGAGUGAGCGAGUGAAUACAAGAAAUGAUGGCAGGUCUUGAUUGUUUUCUUUUGUUGUUUCUUGUUUUUUUUUUGACCAGAUGUACAAAUUAAAUAGUGAAAUGAAAUAUAUUAAA